GACACAAUCUCUGCUUCAAUAUAUUUCAAUGACGUUUACAAAAAGUUCACGCUUGUAGUCCCGGUUGAUUUUUAAAUAGGUGACGAUGGCAGAAGUCGAAGAUAUUGCGAACUUAAGUGAAAACAUAAUCAAAAAUGUGAAUCAAACCACGACAAAAACUUCCACGCCGGAGGGAAUGGCAAUCGCAUAUGGUAGUCUGGUUGUUAUGGCCCUAUUGCCAAUAUUUUUUGGGGCUUUUAGAUCGGUCAAACACCAUACUGAGCAAAAGAGAAAUUCACAAGAAACGGGAGAAAAACCUGAAGCAAUGACAACAAAAGAGGCUAUGAUGUUUCCUGUGAUAGCCUCAUUAGCUUUGUUGGGUCUUUACAUAUUCUUCCAAUUAUUCUCCAAAGAAUACAUAAAUCAACUCUUAACCGGAUAUUUCUUCUUCCUGGGCAUACUGGCCUUAAGUCAUCUCAUGAGCCCUGUUAUAGGUUCAUUAGUUCCUGCGGCAAUUCCAAAAAUUCCUUUUCACAUUCAUUGUUCUCGUGGAGAAGGUGCACAGAAAGAAGACUUUAUCAAUUACAAAUUUUCUUCACAUGAUAUUGUGUGUUUGUUGGUAUCAUCAGUCAUUGGCGGCUGGUAUUUAUUGAAAAAACAUUGGAUAGCCAAUAAUUUAUUUGGAAUUGCCUUUGCAAUUAAUGGAGUGGAAUUAUUGCACUUAAAUAAUGUAGUCACGGGUUGUAUUUUACUAGGAGGUUUGUUUUUCUAUGACAUAUUCUGGGUGUUUGGUACCAAUGUUAUGGUUACUGUGGCAAAGUCAUUUGAAGCUCCAAUAAAGUUAGUAUUUCCACAAGAUUUAUUAAGCAAUGGACUAAAUGCAUCUAAUUUUGCAAUGCUAGGGUUAGGUGAUAUUGUAGUUCCAGGAAUUUUUAUAGCCCUUUUGCUUCGAUUUGAUAAAAGUUUGAAGCGAGACACAAAUACAUACUUUUAUGCAACAUUCGCCGCCUACUUCUUUGGUUUGUUAGCCACUAUUUUUGUUAUGCAUGUUUUCAAACAUGCGCAACCUGCAUUGUUAUACUUGGUGCCAGCAUGUAUGGGGACUCCAUUGGCAUUAGCAUUGGUGAAAGGGGAUAUUAAAGCAUUGUUUAAUUAUGAAGACCAUCCAUCAGAUGAAAAAAAUGAAAAACAAGAGAAAAAGAAAAAAUCUCAAUAAAUAAAAUUGAUUUAAUUACUUUUGCAAGCCAUUUUUUUAUUUACUAAUUCAAGAUAGAAAGACGACAAGAUACAGUAUCACGCAGAAAAAUAU